AUGGGCGCCCUGUGUUGGCUGAGGAUUCUCGUUUUGCAUUUCAUGUUUCUAGUUACGACAAGUGGAAAAGAGCUCUUUACCUGCAACUUUGACGACAGUUCCGACCCUCUGUGUGGCUUUGUUGCCACCAAAGCGACCGGGAAGUUUCAGUGGCAAAGACGCAAGGCAUACACAUCCUCCACCAACACAGGACCGACGGCCGACCACACGGGGAACGGUGGAUAUUACGUGUACACAGAAGCUUCAGGAUCGUCUAACAAUGACAAAGCGGAGUUAACCAGCCCGAACCUCGCAGUCCUGUCAUCAAUCGGCGGAUGUAUGGUCUUCUAUUAUCACAUGUACGGUAGCGCCAUGGGCUCACUUAGAGUACACACUACGUCAGACCUGACUAACGCUCUUUGGUCUAAGGACGGUGACCAAGGCAACUUCUGGCACAGAGCUGAGGUGGACAUUCCACCUGGAACGGGACAGGUGGUGUUUGAGGGGGUGAGAGGAACCAAUAUCUGGAGUGAUAUGGCCAUAGACGACCUGCUGAUCACUGAUGACGCGUGUGACAGCGGUGGGGGUGGAGGGACGGCUGGAGACAGGGAAGAAUUCCAGUGCACUUUUGAUGAAGACGCGGACGGUACUUGUGGGUUUACCCAGCCAAAGAACGAUGACUUUGAUUGGACGCGUUUCAAAGGGGCGACAUCUAGUUCAGCCACAGGGCCGUCUGAAGAUCACACAGAUGGGAACGGUUAUUACAUGUACACCGAAGCAUCCGGCAAAGGGAGUGGAUACACGGCGAACUUGCAGUCGACGUCAUUUCCACUCCUUAAUAUAGACAGGUGCCUGUCCUUUGCCUACCAUAUGUACGGGAGAAACAUUGGUUCCCUAACAGUGCAGAAGCUUUCCGGCGGCCAGACAACCAGUAUUUGGAAUGAAAACGGGAACAAAGGAGACAAGUGGCAGGAAGCCAGUAUUUCCUUACCACCAGGUAGCUUUGCUGUGGUGUUCCAGGCGGUCAGAGGCAAUGGUUACCAAUGUGACAUAGCCAUAGAUGACGUCACAAUGUACAGAGGCGAUUGCCAGACAGUAUGGUUGUGUACAUUUGACAAGGAUAUAUGCAGCUUUGAACAAAGUCAAUCUGAUCAUUUUGAUUGGACGCGACACUCUGGGCGGACGCCAUCUUCAAACACGGGCCCGUCACGUGAUCAUACAACCAUGUCUGAAAACGGCCACUACAUGUACAUAGAAGCCAAUGGCGUUUCAUACAACAAACUCGCCGACCUGAAGACCAAAAAUAUGCAGUUUGCCUCCGAGCACUGCUUGGUGUUCUACUACCACAUGUACGGCUUCGGGACUAUGGGCGACCUCAGUGUAUUCUCCUCAGUAGAUCUUAAAACAGCCCUGUGGUUUCGCAGGGGAGAAAACCUUGGUGACAUUUGGAACUUGGCCCUCGUCCCCCUGUCAGCCGGAGAAUACAGCAUCAUAUUUCAGGGAAAGACAAGGUACAGCAAAUCCAGCGACAUUGCCAUUGAUGACGUCAUGAUCCGCACGGGAGCGUGUCCUCCUUACCCUACAACGCCACCCCCGACAACAACUACUACAACGCAAAAGACGACUGCCACGACAAAGGCGACCACGACCAUGAGGUCAACAAGCACGACCAAAACCACCACAACUAGGCCUACUUCCAAGACUACUACACCCACGUCUACUACAACAAUUAAAACUACUGCGGCUACUACUUCUGUGAAUUACCCUACAACAGAUACCACCACUGAGAGGGAAACCACCAGUAUUGACUCUAUUUCAACGAAAAUGAUACCCUCCUCAACUGAAACAACCACAAAAGAUAUGCCUGGUCUGGCUGGACUGACCCCAACUGACCAUUCUAUUCUUGCCUCACGGGAGCUGACGUCCCCUACCUCCCAGAGCUUGACCACAGAGUAUCCGCGGCUGACCUUUGGCGAUCCUUUAAUUACAGUAUUCAACUGCACGUUUGAGACGUCAAUCUGUGGUAUUGAACAAUCAGCAUCUGACGAUUUUGACUGGACACGAUCACAAGGUUCCACGUCUAGCACUGGUACCGGACCAUCCGGUGACCACACGACCGGAUCAGGCUAUUACAUGUACAUAGAGGCUUCCUCGCCACGGAUGUAUCGUCACACAGCGCGCCUGGUUCUCCCCUCCGCAAUCCUUACACCAGUGAAUAUUCCACGUUGUUUGAGAUUCGCGUAUCACAUGUUUGGUACUCGGACUGGGACCCUGAAUGUGCUGGCCCUAAACCGGUCUAAUGUGAUGGCCCCGAACCAGGCUGGGAACAAGUAUGACUGGGAAACAUUGUGGAGUUUGUCAGGUAACCAGUACAACGUUUGGUAUGAAGCCAACGUCACAGUAACCCCUGGCACAUCUUUAGUGGCCUUUGAAGCUAUCAAAGGAAACGGCUAUCAGUCAGAUAUCGCAAUAGAUGACGUCGUUGUUGAUAAUGGUGAUUGUGAUACAGCAUGGAUAUGUACAUUUGAAUAUUCCUUCUGUGGAUUUACAACACAGAGUUCCUUUGAGAACGUGACCUGGGAGAGAAACUCACCCGAGCCAGGCGGACACAGUUGGUGUAGUCCAGGAGGUGAUGCCACAUUGGUAAAUGGAAACGGAAGUUAUGCUUUUCUAAACCUAUCUGGAAACCUUGGAGGGUCUCACUUUGUCCUUAUGUCACCAGAAAUCACCAUGACGACGGACUAUUGUCUAGAAUUCCAAUAUUAUGUAUUCAGCGGUGCAGGGCGCGGGGCACUUCUUGCCAUAUUUCUUCUGUUCUCGAACGGAUUUCGUCGGCAAGUUUGGAAUGAAACUAUUGGUAAUAGCGCAGAAUGGCACCAGACCUACGCACCACUCCCGUCCGGAAGUUACAGGCUGUUAUUUGACGUCACACAGACAGAUAUUCAAUGUAUGGGCCUGGAUGACGUCAUUAUACGAAAGGGGUCAUGUCCGGAAACCACAACAGUAUACACGCCUUCGUCAACACAGUUUGGGGAUGAUACGACGGUAUCAGGGACCACAAGUGGACCCAUAUUCACCUCCACUGAGCAAAGCAUUUAUCAUACUGACCACACUACCCCCGCUUUCUCAGAGACGACAGUGGACAAGGAAACUACCACGCACGGUUUAUCGAUAGACACAAACGUUGAGCUCAAUUGCACGUUUGAAGAGUUGACCAUUUGUGGAUUUCGUCAGAGUAAAAAUGACACAUUUAACUGGAACCGAGGCCAGGGAAGUACAAGCAGUUCCAAUACAGGGCCCAGUUCAGACCAUACCACCGGAAAUGGCUUCUACAUGUAUAUUGAAUCGUCCAGUCCGCGCCGACCAGGGGACCAAGCUGUUCUCCUGUACCCCGUGUUACCGCAGCUGAACAUCCCACGCUGUACACAGUUUGCUUUCCAUAUGUAUGGGGUUCACAUCGGGAGUCUCAAGGUGUCCGUUGACACGUCUGCUUUAGCUGUAUGGACUAUGGAGGGAGACCAAGGGAACAAAUGGCGCGUAAGCUCUGCCACUUUGCCCCCUCAGUUCACAGAAAUCAGUUUCACCGCCACCAGAGGGACAGAGUACAGAGGUGAUAUAGCCAUUGAUGACGUCAUACUAGCCAAAGGGAGAUGUGACGCAGUGUGGGUGUGCACAUUUGACGGUUCUCAGUGCGGCUUCCAGUCCAGCGUGACAAACGGUUUGAGUUGGAAAUGGUACAGUGGGGCCACCCUGGAACCAAAGACAGGGCCAAGUGGGGACCAUACACUGACAACGGGACUAGGCAGGUACAUGUACUUGGCACACACUGGCUUAGUUAUCCCCGGUAUAUCAGCCGCCAUCAGCAGUCCCCAGUUAACACUGCAGGAGCCGGGGUGCCUGGUGUUUUACUAUCACAUGUGGGGCAGCGACAUUGGGACACUGAACGUUUACUCGAUGAACGGGUCUACGCAUUUGCUGUGGAGCAAAUCAAAAGCCCAAGGAAACACGUGGUUGGAAGCGAGAGUAACAAUCCCAAGCGACACCUACAGUGUGAUGUUUGAGGGCGUGGCCGGUAACGGGACAUCUGGGGAUAUUGGUCUUGAUGACGUCAUGGUAGAAACAGGUGCUUGUAUUGCACCUUCCACAACGCUACCUACAACAUCGAGUGAAAUAACGUCGCCGACUGUGUCAAGUUUAUCAAUUAGCUCUUCAACCAACAAGCAUUCCUCUAAGCCUACCGCAUCUAAACCUGCGGUGACGGAUUUACGGAUCUCAGAAUCUACCUAUAAUUAUGAAACUACGCAUUUUAAGCAAACAACAGAAACAGUUUCGACGACGUCAGUGGAGACAUUGUCCAGUGGAACAUCCGAGCCAUUGACAACAGAACAGUUAAGCACACGCCAUGAGACGACAUACAGACCACUUAAAACUAUGACGACAGAGUUCCAAACUGCAAUUUCGGCUAGGGUACCAUCAGAAUCUGUGACAGUGAUGACAACAGAAAGGUACCCUAUACCAACGGAAUCAAGUAAAGGCAGUAGUAAGGCAGCACAUAGUACCACAGUGUCAACCAGAUAUCCUUCAGUGGCGUCUCAGACAUGGGGCAUAGGAACAUCAGCUGUACCUGUCCAGCGUGGCACUUCUACGACAAUUUUGACCUCAACACCCAAAGGUCAGUUUAACGCAACGACGAGGACAGUAGAAAUGACACAGGGGAGUUUGUCAACCGUCGGCACCGGUGGCAAAGUGACUAAAGAAAAAGAUAACAAUCCAACUACGCUGUCGCCUACAGUUAAAGUCACCCAUUACCCCACCACGACAGAGCAAAAUGCAAGAACUUCAGUAGGCCCACCAACCAGUGUGACAUUAACGACAUUUUCACCAUCAUUAUCCACAUCAUCAACAUUACUUACCGACAAGCCGACAAUGGAACGGACGACGACACAGUCCAAAAACGUUGAUACGAAGACCACGAUUCCCAAGUCCCCCAAAACCUUUGAAUUUACUACUACUGAAUCGGAGAGAGCUCAAAAUGAAAUGACAACUGCUGUGCACAAAACUGGUUCGCAAGAGGGACAGAGUGAGAAGGAUAACAAGGAGAAAGGCACAAUAGGAGGUAUUUACAUGCUUCAUUAA